AUGGCCGAUGCCGCGCGCGCCGCGCUCGACGAGCUCAUGGGCGCCGAGCGCGAUGUCCCACUCGAUCAACGAACCGGUCGAGGUCGUCACUUCACGGACGCCGACGUGUGCAAGUAUUACCUUUGCGGAUUCGACGUCACGUGCUUCAAGAACACGAAGAGCGACGGGGACAUUUUGCGUGUGGUCGGCGCGAGCGCGAGCGAAAAGAUUCGCGACGACGGCCUGCGAGAGGAUUUCGAGCGCGCGACCUCGGCCGAGCGCGCUCGAACGGGGUACGAACGUAUGACUCUGAGCGUGUUGGAUGAUUUGAUUCGCGAGUGUGAUCGACGGAUCGCGCGCGGACGGGCGAGGGCGAAGCAGGAACGGGAGGAGGCGGAGCGAAAGGCCGCGACGAGCGCUGAGGCGGACACGCUGCGAUUGCUGGAACAAAAAAUGACCGAGACGGCGGAGCGAGCGGAGAAAUUGGGAGAAGACGGCGACGUGGAUGGCGCCGAGCGCGAGGCGGCGCUCCUGGAGACACUGCAGACGAGACACGAUGAGGUGAAGCGGAGGUACGAAACGCUAGACGGAUGGCGUUUGACCGAGCCGUGCGAGGUGAGCGGCACGCUCCUGUGCUCGACGGACACCGAGGAACGGCGACGAGACCAUCUCGUUGGGAAACAAUAUAAAGGAUGGUCGCGCAUCCGGGAGCUUCGUGACGAGAUCGCGGCGAGAUUGGUGAAGUAUGAGGCGGACGGAUUGGUCAUCGGCGACGCAUCCGACGCAGCGAGGCGGCAUCGAGAUCGAGGCGAUCGACGUUCGCGCUCGCCCGAUCGCGGUGAUAGACGCGAUCGAGGAGGUGGUCGACGACGUUCAGGUUCACGCGAACGAGGUGAUCGACGAUACGAGCCGUAUCGAAGACAGGACGAUCGUCACAGAGAAAGCAAUCGUAGAUACGAUAGGUAUGAUGAUCGACGUCGCGACGACAGACGCGACGAUCGUCGAGAUAGGUACCGAUAA